CCUCUCUCAGAAAGAGGAACUUCAGUUAAGUGCUUCGUUUCUGGGCUGAAGAUCCACCCGAGAGGAAAUAUACCCAUAAAAUCGUGAUGAUUCAGCUGACAUCUCGGGAUUACGGAGUGCCAAAGUCUGCCUGAGGUGACAGCUGCUAUGGCUUUCCUGCAAGGACUCGAUUCGCACAUAGUCGUUGUCGGAUGCGGGAUUUCUGGCGUCGGAGCCGCUCAGAAGCUUCUGCAACACGGCUUCCACAAUGUACGGGUGCUGGAGGCCACCGGCCGCAGCGGCGGCAGGGUCAAGACGGGGUGCUUGGGCAGUAAUAUUGUAGAGAUCGGGGCCAACUGGAUCCACGGUCCAUCCCAGGAAAACCCGGUGUUCCGCCUUGCCUGUCAGUACGGGCUUCUGGAUAAGGAGUCCAUGACUGAGGAGAACCAGGCCAUUGAUGUUGCGGGUCACCCUCCCUUCACAGCCACCUGGCUCUCCAGCUCGGGCCACCAGCUGGAACCGGAGCAAACAGAACCGGUCUCCUUGCUCUACAUGAGCCUUCUAGAACAGAGCCAGGCUUUCUACAGGCAGGGCCGGGAGCCCAUGCCUAGCGUGGGCGAGUUUAUAAAGCGUGAAGUUCGGUUGGCCCUGGGCGAUGGGCGGGGGAACCCUGUGACUGUGGCACUGAAGCGAGGUGUGGUCAACACGCUGCUGAAGGCCGAGUGCUGUGUCAGCGGCACUCACACCAUGGACGACGUGGCUCUGGGGGCUUUCGGCAUGUACAAGACCCUCCCAGGUCUGGACUGCACCUUCCCAGGGGGCUAUGAAGGCUUAAUUCACGAAAUGAUGCAGACGAUACCGAAAGGUAUGGUGUCCUACAACAAGCCAAUCAGGUGCAUCCACUGGAACAACUCUGACGGAAGGGCACAUCAUUCCGGAAGGACCUUCCCGGUGCUUGUGGAAUGCGAGGAUGGAGACACGUUCCCAGCGGACCAUGUGAUCAUCACUGUUUCCCUGGGCUACCUGAAGAAGCACCACGAGACGCUAUUCAGACCCCAGCUCCCGGCCCAGAAGGCAGAGUCCAUCCAGAGGAUGGGGUUUGGUACCAAUAACAAGAUCUUUGUGGAGUUUGACCAGCCUUUCUGGGAGCCAGACUGUGAGAUCAUCUUCCUUCUGUGGGAGGAUGAGUCCACCCUCGCCGACAUGGUGACUGAUGUGAAGACGCUAUGGGUGAAGAAGCUGUUUGGGUUUACAGUGCUCAGGCCAGCUGAGAGGUAUGGACACAUGCUGUGUGGCUGGAUCGCCGGCCGUGAGUCCGAGCACAUGGAGACUCUGUCCGAGGCAGAAGUGAAACUCGCCAUCACACGGCUCAUCCAGAAAUUCACAGGAAAUCCGACCAUCACUCCGAAGAGGAUCGUCCGGUCCCAGUGGUUCCAUGACCCAUACACCUGUGGCGCCUACACCUAUGUGGCCAGUGGCUGCUCGGGCCAUGACAUUGACACGCUGGCAGAACCGCUCCCUUCAGAAGGCCCUCAGGCAAAGUCCCUGCAGGUGCUGUUUGCUGGGGAGGCAACAAACAAGUCCUUCUUCUCUACGGUCCACGGGGCGCUGGAGGCUGGCUGGAGAGAGGCCCAGAGACUCAUCACCCACUACACCCCUCCUGCCUAUCAAGGGCCUCUCGGGUCAAAGUUAUGAGGGAAUAAAUUUGGCUGAACAUUGUUUUAGGACAUGAUUAAAUGUUAAAUAAUUGUUAUGAAGGAAUGAAAGAAUGUGUCAGUGUGGUUUGAUUUUUGGUUAAGUCGGCCCUGUUAAUAUUUACACCUUUCCUCUGUUUGGUCUCAGAUUCACAAAUCUUAUACAUAAAAUGUUAGAUAUCAAGUUAGUUACAAAUUUUUACAGUAUAUUCAACUGAUCAUACCUUGCACACUAAUCUACAAAAAUAAAAAUGCAUUUUAAAA